GCGGUCUGGGGAAUCACGCCUGUCUCAGUUGCGCCAGUGCCAUGGGGUUGAUAAGCCGCGUGCGUGCUCCAUUGGGCAGCUGCGCUCCCGUCCACCCCGUAUACCUUUCUUUCCGAGGCGACUCCCUGGGCGGCUGGACUCCGAGGCCCGAGCGCAGGUGCGCCGUGGCCCUAGCACCGUGGGCCCCGGCCUUGGCGGGUCUGCUCGUCACCGGGCCGCGGUUCCUUCCCACGCGCUGCUGGCACUCGUCGCCCCGUCUGGGCGACGACUCCAUGGUGGAGAAGUCGCUCAAGUCCUUAAAGGACAAGAACAAGAAGCUGGAGGAGGGGGGCCCCGUGUACAGCCCCCCUGCGGAGGUGGCCGAGAAGAAGUCCCUGGGGCAGAGGGUCCUGGACGAGCUGAAGCACUACUACCACGGCUUCCGCCUGCUCUGGAUCGACACCAAGAUCGCCGCGCGCAUGCUCUGGCGCAUCCUCAACGGCCACAGCCUGACCCGCCGCGAGCGCAGGCAGUUUCUCCGGAUCUGUGCCGACCUCUUCCGCCUGGUCCCCUUCCUGGUGUUCGUGGUGGUGCCCUUCAUGGAGUUCCUGCUUCCUGUCGUCGUGAAGCUCUUCCCCAACAUGCUGCCAUCCACGUUUGAGACACAGUCCAUCAAGGAGGAGAGGCUGAAGAAGGAGCUGCGGGUCAAGCUGGAGCUGGCCAAGUUUCUUCAGGACACCAUCGAGGAGAUGGCCUUGAAGAACAAGGCGGCCAAAGGGAGCGCCACCAAGGACUUCUCCGUGUUUUUCCAGAAGAUCCGAGAGACGGGGGAGAGGCCCAGCAACGAGGAGAUCAUGCGCUUUUCCAAGUUGUUUGAGGACGAGCUGACCCUGGACAACCUCACGCGGCCGCAGCUGGUGGCGCUGUGCAGGCUGCUGGAGCUGCAGUCCAUCGGCACCAACAACUUCCUGCGCUUCCAGCUCACCAUGCGGCUGCGCUCCAUCAAGGCCGACGACAAGCUGAUCGCUGAGGAAGGGGUGGACAGCCUCAAUGUCAAGGAGCUGCAGGCGGCGUGUCGGGCACGAGGCAUGCGGGCUCUGGGCGUCACAGAAGACCGCCUGCGGGACCAGCUGAAGCAGUGGCUGGAGCUGCACCUGCACCAGGAGAUCCCCACGUCACUGCUCAUCCUGUCCCGGGCCAUGUACCUCCCAGACACCCUGUCGCCCGCCGACCAGCUCAAGUCCACCUUGCAGACUCUCCCAGAGAUCGUGGCAAAAGAAGCGCAGGUGAAGGUGGCUGAGGUGGAGGGCGAGCAGGUGGACAACAAGGCGAAGCUGGAGGCCACGCUGCAGGAGGAGGCGGCCAUCCAGCAGGAGCUCCGGGAGAAGGAGCUACAGAGGCUCUCCGAGGCGGCGAAGGAAGUGCAGCCGGAAGUCGUGGCCAGAGCUGGCCCUGGAAGACCGGUGGCUGAGCUGCAGCCGGAAGUGCCCGAUGUGGUCCUGCCGUCCGAGGUCCUGAAGGACACUGCCCCAGUCCUGGAGGGCGUGAAGGAGGAGGAAAUAACCAAGGAGGAAAUCGACAUACUCAGCGACGCCUGUUCGAAGCUGAAGGAGCAGAAGUCGUCCCUGCUGAAGGAGAAGGAGGAGCUGGAGCUGCUCAAGGAGGACGUGCAGGACUACAGCGAGGACUUGCAAGAGAUUAAGGAGCUUUCGAAGUCGGGCAAGGAGAUGGAUGUGGAGGAGUCCAAAGCCAGCAAGAGGCUGACCAGGCGGGUGCAGCAGAUGAUCGGGCAGAUGGACGGCCUGCUCGCGCAGCUGGAGGCCGCCCAGCAGGCUGGCAAGCUGGGCCCCGCCGCCCAGGCCACACCCGAGGGGGAGACCGUCAUCAGCGUCAGUGAGCUCAUCAGUGCCAUGAAGCAAAUCAAGCACAUUCCAGAAAGCAAGCUCAUCAGCCUGGUCUCAGCACUGGACGAGGACAAGGACGGCAAAGUCAACAUCGAUGGCCUCGUCAAGGUGAUCGAGCUCGUGGACAAAGAAGACAUUCACAUCUCCACGAGCCAGAUGGCGGAGAUUGUGGCCACGCUGGAGAAGGAGGAGAAGGUGGGGGAGAAGGAGAGGGCCAAGGAGAAGGCGGGGAAGGGGGCCGCCGAGGCCAAGGGCUAGCGGCCGCCCUGCCACCGAGAGCGAUUGCUUUGAGGUGAUCCUUAGUGACAGACCUGAUACGUUGUCCGGAAUAAAUCAGAAACUUCCAUAAUCAA